AUGCGUAGAAUCAAGGUACCACGUAACGUAGCCUGCAACCCGAAAAUGUCCCGCCAACACCAGCGAGCCCUCACAUACCUUAUCCUCGGCGCCGUAGCACUCGGCACGUACUAUACCUGCUUCUGCGCACCUAUUGAUACGCUUGCGAUAUCUUUUGAGGACCAUGAGGCCUACAUGAAUGACCACUCGCGACCGUACCAAUCCAGACAAUCGUACGAUUGGAGGAACGCGCCCUUCCGUAACGUAAUCAAAACGUACACACCGCUGCCAGACGGGCAACCUCGAGCACUUCCAAAAGUACAGUUCGACUUCCCGCCAGAAACGAAGGCACAACGAGAACGACGGGAGAUACAGAGAGUCGCAGUACGGACCGAGUUCGAGCGCAGCUGGCACAGCUAUCGCGCGUAUGCAUGGGCGCAGGAUGAGCUCAGACCCAUAACCGGGGUCGGCCUUAAGACCUUUGGCGGAUGGGGUGCAACACUGGUAGACUCGUUGGACACAUUAUGGAUCAUGGGUAUGAAAGAGGACUUCUACCAAGGCGUCGAGGCAGUCGCGGCUAUUGACUUUGGCAAGUCCGACAUGAAGACUGUCAGUGUGUUCGAGACGACGAUUCGUUACCUUGGCGGCAUGCUCAGCGCAUACGACCUCAGCAAGGCGCCUGUCUUGCUCGAGAAGGCUGUGCAACUUGGCGAGAUGCUGCACCGCGCUUUCGAUACAGUAAAUCACACGCCUACGGGUUGGCUUGAUCUCGAGAAAGCAAAAGACCCUGAGGGGUACUCGAAUAGACCAGAGACCGGUCUCUGCUUCGCCUGCUUGGGAUCGCUGACGAUGGAAUUUACCCGCCUGGCUCAGAUCCUCAAGCGUGAGGUUGGAGGUAGCCAGCAGUCGCAAAAGUUCUACGACGCUGUAGCUCGCAUCACCAGACUCCUCGAUCGCACUCAAGACACCACUCGCCUACCAGGUCUAUGGCCAACUAUGAUCAACGCUCACAAGGAGGAGUUCAACCAGAGUCGCUUCUUUUCUCUCGGCGCUCUAGCCGACAGCACGUACGAGUACUUUCCCAAGAUGCACGCAUUACUUGGUGGUACCGAGGAGGUAUACAGGAAACUCUAUACCGACUCGGCCGCCAAAAUUGAUGAGCACAUGCUGUACAGACCCCAGCUCCAAGACGAGGGACUUGGCGAAAGCCUCCUGUUCUGCGGCGAUGUACACGUUUCGAGGCCCUCCGAGGCGACGCUUGAUUCCGAAAUGCAGCACUUGACAUGCUUCGUGGGAGGCAUGUUCGGUCUUGCCGGGCGUCUCUUCAACACGCCAUCGCACGUCCACCUCGGCGAGAAGCUAACAAAAGGCUGCAUCUACGCCUACUCAGCGAUGCCCACAGGCAUCAGCCCAGAAGUAUUCAAGACGCUCCCAUGCGCCUCUCGCACCUCCUGUCCGUGGAACGAAACCCUCUGGCACGACAAAAUCCUCUCCUCUUACGGCACCAGAUAUGCCACCGACCCGGCUCAGAUCGCCUUAGACAAGGGACUACCUCCGGGCUGGACCUCAAUCCGCGACAAGCGCUACCUGCUGCGCCCCGAGGCUAUCGAAUCCGUGUUCGUCUUGUACCGCAUCACGGGCAAGCAGGAGUAUCUGGAUGCCGCGUGGGACAUGUUCACGUCCAUCGUGGCGCACACGCGCACGCCGUACGCGAACGGGCAGCUGCUCGAUGUCACUGGCCAGACGGGCUUUGGCGAAGAGCAGUACACGGUCGGGCAGCGGUAUAGGGGGCAGGGUCCGGCAACAGUGAGGCAGGGGAAUGUGGAGGACAAGAUGGAGAGUUUCUGGACCGCAGAGACGUUGAAGUAUUUUUACCUCAUCUUUUCGCGUCCAGAUAUGAUUAGUCUGGAUGAGUGGGUGUUCAACACGGAAGCCCACCCCUUCAGGCGGCCGAAGUCUGCGGCACAGGACGUGCUGUAG